AUGCCAAACCUGGCUGUCGAUGUGCAGAACCCUGCGGCGGCCCUGAAGCAGCAGGCCGCGCUGAACGAGCUGGACAUCGCCAAGGAUGCCGGCGAUCUCGUUAACCGCGCCGGCACCCCCCUCGUCUAUCUGAAGAAGGCCAAGGGCGAGGAGGACCACGCCACCAUCGCUGCGAAGCUGGAGGCCUUCCAGCCGCUGGCCAGCGUGAAGGACCGCAUCGCCCUGGCCAUGCUGGAGGAUGCGGAGCGGCGGGGCCUCAUCAGCCCCGACAAGACGGUGCUGGUGGAGGCCACAUCCGGCAACACGGGCGUGUCCCUGGCAUUCCUGGCCGCCGCCCGCGGCUAUCGCCUCAUCCUGUGCAUGCCUCACUACUGCUCCACAGAACGCAAGGCUCUGCAAAAGCUGUUUGGAGCGGAGGUGGUGCUGUCAGACCCCGCCAAAGGCUGCCUGGGGGCGUAUGCCAAGUCUCUGGAAGUUAUGGAGCGCACCCCGGGAGCCUACAUGCUCAACCAGUUUGAGAACGCCGCCAACCCGCAAGUCCACUACGCCGCCACGGGCCCCGAGAUCUGGCGUGCCACGGCCGGCAGGGUGGACAUCUUCAUUGCGGGGGUGGGCACCGGCGGCACGAUCACGGGGGCGGGAAAGUUCCUCAAGGAACAGAACCCAGACAUCAAGCUCAUCGCUGUGGAGCCCACAGAGUCGCCGGUCAUCAGCGGCGGCACGCACACCAACCACCUGAUCCAAGGCAUGGGCGCAGGCUUCAUCCCAAAGGUGCUGGACGUUGACCAGCUGGAUGAGGUGGUGAUGGUGUCCAGCCAGGAGGCGCUCGAAAUGGCCCGCAAGCUGGCCAAGGAGGAAGGUCUGUUUGUGGGGAUCUCGUCAGGCGCCACCGCCACCGCUGCGCUUCGGGUCGCUGCCCGCCCGGAGAACAAGGGCAAGCUGAUCGUGGUCAUGUUCUCCAGCUUUGGGGAGCGCUACCUCUCCUCCAAGCUCUUUGACGACGUCUUUGCCGAGGCCGCCACCCAGGACUUUGAGCCCUGA